AUGAAGGGUGUGAGUGGACUAGCUCUCGUGGUCAGCGCCUCACUCGCUCAGGCUCUGUCUACUGUAUCACUCACAGCAGCAGAGACGACUGUGACUGCCUCUGCAUUGUUUGCGUAUGAAAAGCUGCAGCUGACGGAGAGUGCACUGGUCGAUGUGGCUCAGACGUUGCAAAACGAGACCAUUGCUAGCAUGUUUGCUUUUGCGAACGCUACCAACUCAAGCUCCACGAUGAGUAAGCGUAGUGUGAGCCACCGUUGCAAGCCUAUGCCCGGAGAUCUUUUGUGGCCUUCCGAAUUGGUCUGGGACGUUUUUGAUAUCUUGAUUGGCGGGUCUCUGAUCAAGACCAAGCCGCUGGCGGCCUAUUGCUACCCCGACUGGCCAGAGUAUGAUGCUACCAAGUGCGCGACCAUCACCGCAGACUGGCUUAGCUCAGACCUGCACAUGGAUGAUCCGACUUCCAUUAUGCUGCCAUUGUACGAGGGCCGCACCUGUUUGCCCUCACCGUAUAACUACACUUCGACCUGCAAGCAGGGCGCUUACCCAACUUAUGCUGUCAACAUUUCCACCGUCGCUCAGGUCCAACUGGCGGUCAAUUUUGCCCGUAACCUGAACCUGCGAUUUGUGGUGAAGAACACUGGUCAUGAUUUCAAUGGUAAGGCAGCUGGUAAAGGAGCUCUCGCCAUUUGGACCCAUUACCUGAAGGAGAAAGAGUACCUUUCCAACUAUGAGGCCGCCAAUGGCUACAUUGGCCCGGCCAUCAAGUUUGGCUCGGGUGUUCAGGUUUGGGAGGCCUAUGAGUUUGCUAAUUCUCUGGGUCACUCCGUCGUUGGCGGUGAGGCGGUCACUGUUGGCUUGGGUGGUGGCUACACUGCUGGUGGUGGUCACUCCCCCUUGUCCAGCAUGUACGGUAUGGCAGCCGAUCAAGUCCUCUCCAUGCAAGUUGUUCUUGCCGAUGGUCGCUUCAUCACUGCUAGCUCCACCGAGAAUUCAGAUGUCUUCUGGAUGCUUCGUGGUGGCGGUGGUAGCACCAUUGGUGUCGUCACUUCUCUGGUUGUCAAGGCCUUACCUAAACUGGAGACCACUUCCGUGACCUUCAACUUCACUGUGAGUGACACUCCUGGUCCGGAUGCUUUCUGGGCUGCGGUUUCGUCAUACCUCGACAACUUUGAGGACUUUGUUGAUGCUGGUACCUAUGGCUAUUACUAUAUCGGUGCUGACUCGGCUGAGAUUGGCACUGCCUAUGCUGGUGAUACUGACUACUAUUUCCGCAUGGAAUCUUUCAUCGCACCAAAUAUGAGUCUUGCCGAGACCAAGGCUCUGGUGGCUCCAUGGUUUAACACCCUAGACAGCUUGAACAUCACGUACACUCCGUGGUACAACAACGCGGAUAACUUCUACGAUGUUUGGGUUGAUGCUUUCCCUCAAGAAUAUGUCGGAACUGAUGUCGUCAAGACCGCUUCCCGUCUGCUCCCUCGCAGUGUUUUCCAGAGUGAUACCCUCCGCAACAAGACCUGGGCUGCCUACAAGGACGCCGUGGAUCAGGGUCUCUUCCUCGCUGGUUUCCACGUUAGUGGUACUGGUAUCGCCGUCGACCCACCAAAGGACAACUCUGUGCUCCCCGCAUGGCGUGACACCAUGACUCACGUCAUCGUCGGCUCUGAAUGGAACUUUACCUCUUCUUGGGAUGUGAUCAAGGAGUCCUCGCUCUUUGUGACCGAGUGGAUGGAUGUGCUCCGUGAGAUCGCCCCGGACUCUGGCGCCUAUAUGAGCGAGGCCGAUCUUCUGGAGCCAAACCUGCAGGAGGCCUUUUAUGGCACUAAUUACCCUCGUCUUUACGCACUGAAGCAAAAAUACGAUCCAAAUGGUCUCUUCUUCGCUCUCACUGCUGUCGGCGCCGAGGACUGGGAGGUUCAAACCACUGAUCCGCUGCCCUACUCGUGGAAUAACAACGGACGACUCUGCCCGGUGUCUUCUUGA